CAUAACAUACGGGAUGUGGAGAGUGCCGUCCCAUCCGAAAACAACAAAAAACUCGUUUUUUGUCGCGAUUAACGGCAUUUUCACAACGAACGAAAUACGUCGCGUGCGUAUCGAGUGAUCUUGGAUGUUUCUCUAAAAUAAAACUCUUCCGAACCAAUCGAUUAUGUGAUACAUUGGGCAUAUCAUAAUGGCUUGCCAUGUUCACUGGAGGAAACUCAAGGCCGUCCAACGUCAAAAUCAUGCAGAUUUUUUAUGAAGUGAAACAACAGUUUCCAAGUAUACCGGAUCACUUGGUCACAUCCUUGGUCAGUUCCUACGUUCAACAAAACUCAACUUUGAGCGAUCUCAUCGGCGUUUUAAAGGAAGUGGCUGCGAACCAAGAUCAGCAGAUGGGACGGUCCCUCAAGGAAUUGGACACCACCCCUCUAGCCCUCUCCCCCGUUGUCGAAAAUACUGCCGAGUCCGUUGGCAAAGUGAUACAGACUGAAAGUGAUAACAUUGUCGCAAACAACGCUAUGGACCAAAGUGUGAGUGAUAUCAAUCAAAAUGUAAUUAAAAAAAGUGAUAGUGCCGCGAAGAGACCGGACACUUUGGACAUUCAAUCGGACAAAACGAGUUUCGAUAAAGACAGACGAUUACGUCCGUCCGAAAAAUGCACGGAUCUUUAUAAACUGCUCAAUUCUCCAAACCUGAACGAGAAGCCUCCACGGUCCCCCCUAAGUGCCAAACGAGCCACCCCUUCCGUCCUAAAACAAUCUCCCACGACUUCCAAAGAGACGCCAAAGAAAGAAACCGUCUCCACGCCCACCCAAACGACUGAUACUUUGAUUAACAAUUGCGUAGCUCCUAGCGUAAACUUGUCUUUAAAUGUUAAUUGUCAGAUGGGGGUUGUCCAAAGCCCGGUCAAGCCCAAGAGUACCACUAGGUUGGAAGUUACCCCGACCCAGCCGUGGUUAAACCCCGCGUCGUGGUUUCAACCAGGCAACCCCGACGUGACAUCACCGAGAAGCUUCACCAGCGUUAAUUUGACCUUGAGGCCUCCAUCUUCGGCACCCCAACAUCCGAUAGAUAUAACCUCACAGAAUUCCAAUUUAACGUAUUCUACUAGUAGUUUCGAUCCGCAUAGGGGCUUGCAAAGCCGUCUACAGAUCACCGUGGGACCUGGUGGAUCCGGUAGCGUUUCAUCAGUUCGUUCUAGACCUCGGAGUAGUUACGUGCCAAUGGAAAGUAAUGGUGGAGACAUUGUUGCCGCCAGGGCUGGUUCUUUGAAUAAUUUGGCGGCUGUUAAUCCAGAAUCCGCCACCGUAAUGAAACAGCAGGCUCGAGUGGAAAGGAUGCGAAUAGAGCUGCAAACGGGAUACGCCAAACUGGUGAUAAUGAGGCAAGAAGUGGACAGUUUGGAGAAGAUGAAACAGCAGUCCGAAAAAAGGGCAUCCGCGGAGGUCGAGAAACAACUGCAAAUGGAAAUCAAACACUUGCGGUUCCAGUGUGAACAAUUGGCAAUGGCCGACAAGGACGAAUUUUACAACAACAUCUACACAGGUCCCAGUUUGACACCGAUCAGACCGGCCCCGCCUCCACCCCAGCAACCACCCGUCGUACGCAGACAAACCCGAGGCAGACUGUACUACCAGGGGCCGCCUUUGGGCUUGCCCGAAAUGGAGGGGCCGAAAUGGAACUGUUCCCUUUGUACAUUCCUCAAUCAUCCAGAUUUGGACAAAUGCGAACAGUGCGAGAUGCCCAGAGUUCUACACGGUAGGAGCAGCAACCCGAAUGCUGUUAACAUUAACUUAGACGCGUUAAAGAAUAUUCCCGCCGCCGCUACUAAUCCGAACGUCAAUUUCGAUCUCUUGUCCAACAAUGGUUUGCUAGUUCCUAACAAUUCCGAUAUUUUUAUUAACGUCGCCGGAUCGUCUUCCGCAGCCAGCGCGACCACCAAUACCGACGUAACGGUCGACAUGCUUAGGCAAUCCGCAAAGUAUUUAAAAAAUUUCAGAAAUUCUAAUGGCAAUAGCAAUCCUAACGUAACGUUACACGAAAGAAGUUUAUCGCAAUCGUCUGCAGGUUUUGCAAACUCCAGAGUUUGCGAGUCUUUUCAGAGGACCGGUUUCCUCGACGACCAAGAUAAUACCCCUACGGAAAGUAACCCAAACAGUUUUCCCUUGGUGUCCAGCGUGUCUGCGCCCAGUUUGUAUAAAUAUACACUUAAUGCGCAUGAAGGACAGGCAUGAGGGUUCAUAUUAAUUUGUAAAAGGUACUUACCAGACGGUCAAAUGAUUUGGUGGAUGGUCAUAUUUAGACGGCUGAUGUGAAGAAAAACUAUCGACUGUGUCUUUGAAAAGCAGUUGAAAAUACCUUGUGUGCCUUACAGGAUCAAGUAAAUGAUUUUUAUACAAGUACGGAUUUUACAGUAAAUGUUGUUAGCCAUCUACGAAAUGAUUCAAAAUAUUUUUUAUUGCUGUUGCAAAUGUAGGUAAGUGACUCUUCGGCGACUAUUAUCUUUUGGCUAUGUAUGGCAAGUACAAUAGUACUCGUUGGGGAGUUGCAACUUCAACAACUACAUUUUACCAGAAUAAUGUACAUUUUUUAAUUACGUUUUAGUAAAUAUUCGACCGGUUUUAUUGACUAUAUAAUUAUACUGUUAAUUUGACAAUAAAGAUUAGAAACGAAAUUUGGAAGUCUCAUCGAAACAAAUGAAUAUAAAAAACUUUUGAAGUUUAGUUCGCGUUUGUCAAAUUCCAUUCUUUUUGUCAUUCAGAAAACUGAGUUGUAUAUGUAUAGGUAUGUACUGAUAAGUUUUGCAUUUGUAAAACUUUCUUCAUAUUGUUAAAGUUUUUUUAAUGAAAUUUGUUAACAGCUGUGAUUGAAUAAUGUGAUAAAAUCACUUUAAAUCGCUGUCCCCUUGCUCCGCUUGUGAAAUUUAUUGUUGCUUAAAUAAAAUAAACGAUAUUUUGA